CCCAAGACUAGUCAGACCCGGCCUUGGAGUUGUGGGCGCCGCGCUCUGGACGCCCCGUGGAUCCUCCUCCCAGCUCGGGUCUGGACUUUCCCCUGGAGCCUGACAACAGCACCUGCCCACCUGCCACUGUGACCAUGUCUGCCAACGGGACAGAAGAUAGCGCCAAUACCCAGAUGGGCCCGGAAAAACCAGUGCAGCAGCCCGGCGUGGUGGAACGCGUGGCCAACAUGCCCUUGAUCAGCUCCACGUGCGACAUGGUGUCUGCUGCCUACGCCUCCACCAAGGAGAACUACCCCCACGUCAAGACCGUGUGUGACGUGGCCGAGAAGGGCGUGAAGACGCUCACGGCCGCUGCUGUCAGCGGGGCCCAGCCCAUCCUCUCCAAGCUGGAGCCCCAGAUUGCGUCAGCCAGCGAGUAUGCCCAUAAGGGGCUGGACAAGCUGGAGGAGAACCUGCCCAUCCUCCAGAAGCCGACCGAGCAGGUCCUGGCAGACACCAAGGAGCUGAUGUCGUCCAAGGUAUCGGGUGCCCGGGAGAUGGCGUCUAGCGCCAAGGACAGCGUGGCCACCCGCGUGUCGGAGGCGGUGGACGUGACCCGGGGCGCGGUGCAGAGUGGCGUGGACAUGACCAAGUCGGUGGUGGCCAGCGGUGUCCAGUCCGUCGUGGGCUCCCGCGUGGGUCAGAUCGUCCUGAGUGGGGUGGACACGGUGCUGGGCAAGUCGGAGGAGUGGGCGGACAAUCACCUGCCCAUGACGGACGAGGAACUGGCCAAAAUCGCCACGUCCCUGGAGGGCUUCGACAUUGCAUCCGUGCAGCAGCAGCGGCAGGAGCAGAGCUACUUCGUGCGCCUAGGCUCGCUGUCGUCACGGUUGCAGAAGCAUGCCUUCGAGCACUCGCUGGGCAAACUGCAGCUCACCAGGCAGAGGGCCCAGGAGGCCCUGGGGCAGCUGUCGCAGGCGCUCAGCCUGAUGGAAACCGUCAAGCAGGGAGUAGAUCAGAAGCUGGUGGAGGGUCAGGAGAAGCUACACCAGAUGUGGCUCAGUUGGAACCAGAAGCAGCUCAAGGGGACCGAGACUGACCCAGCCAAGCCGGAGCAGGCCGAGUCCCAGGCACUGACCAUGUUCCGAGACGUCACCCAGCAGCUCCAGGCCACCUGUGCCUCGCUGGCCUCCGGAAUCCAGGGCCUGCCCACCCACGUGAGAGACAAGGCGCAGCAGGCCCGCCGCCAGGUGGAGGACCUCCAGGCCACCUUCUCCGGCGUCCACUCCUUCCAGGACCUGUCCAGCGCCAUCCUGACGCAGAGCCGCGAGCGGGUCGCCAAGGCCCGCGAGGCCCUGGACGAGAUGGUCGAGUACGUGGCUCAGAACGCCCCGGUCACGUGGCUCGUGGGGCCCUUCGCCCCCGGGAUCAUCGAGAAAGCCCCAGAAGAGAAGAAGUAGGGACGGGGAGGGGGGCUCGGGGGCUGCUUGAGCUCUCCCCCAGCCGCUCCUUCAACAUGAACUUCUAACUCGGGAAACUGAGGCACGCGCCGGUUUCCCCAUCCCUCUCCCUCUCCGAGCUUGGAGAAGACGUUAUUCCGAGCCUCUUCCCAUCACUCAUCAGGGUGAGGGUUCCAGAUUCCCGAUUUCAAAAAGAAAUUUUUUUAAAAAAAGCAGUGGUCUGGUUCUUAUUUGCCACUGCCUUUUUUCUACAUUACGGCCCCACUAUCAACCUUAAGCUAAUGGAGUUUGGACUCUAUUAAUGGUCCAAGAAUUGGACUUACCAGGCCAGGGGUGCCCGGGGAAGCUGCCAAGACGCAUGCUAGAACAGACAGAGGCUGAUGCCUGCCUGCAGAGCCUUGUCCGAGUGCCGGAUGUUUCUAAUGAUGCCUUAAUAAAUUUUACUUGCAGUGAAGUAAAAGGUGUGUGUGUGU